CCUUUCGGUAACACAAACAUUUGAAGAUAUGUUGUAUGACCGGACAAAGGAUGUUUAUUUGAGUUGGGACGAACCAUACUGCAGAAGAUGUGAAGUGGAAGGCAGGAAAUGCAGACUGAAGAAAAAUAAUAGUACUACAGAGGAUGAGACAGAGUGUUAUGGUCCAUCCAAGAAAGAAAGAAAGAAAGAAAGAGAUAGACCGAAACAACUGAUGGCUACAGGAAUAAUCCUAGGUUCCUGUCUUCUUGGAAUAAUUCUCUUUGCACUUUACCGCGUCCACCAUUCAUAUAAAGCAGAGAAAGAGGGCCAACUCAAGAUUGAAAAUUUUUUGGAGGAUUACAAAGCUCUCAAACCCUCAAGAUAUUCUUAUGUUGAUAUCAAGAGAAUAACAGAUCAGUUCAAGGACAAACUUGGAGAAGGGGCCUAUGGAACAGUUUUCAAAGGGAGACUUUCCAAUGAUGUUUUGGUUGCUGUCAAGGUCCUCAACAAUUUCAGAGCGACUGCAGAAGAGUUCAUUAAUGAAGUGGGAUCAAUGUGUAGAAUCCACCAUGUCAAUGUUACUCGCUUGAUUGGAUUUUGUGCAGAUGGAAAUAAAAGGGCUCUUGUUUAUGAGUAUAUGCCAAACGAGUCCUUAGAGAAGUUCAUAUUUGUAGCCAGAGAUAAAGAUCGUUUCCUCAGUUGGGAGAAGCUUCAAGAUAUUGCUAUUGGAAUAGCCAAAGGAAUUGAGUACUUGCACGAAGGUUGCGACCAACAAAUCCUUCAUUUUGACAUCAAGCCUCACAAUAUCUUGCUAGACCAUAAUUUCAAUCCCAAGAUCUCCGACUUUGGUCUAGCAAAGCUGUGUUCCAAGGAACAAAGUGCUGUUUCUAUGACAGCAGCCAGAGGAACAAUGGGAUAUAUUGCGCCUGAGGUAUUGUCUAGGAACUUUGGAAAAGUGUCCUAUAAAUCUGAUGUUUAUAGUUUUGGAAUGCUAUUGUUGGAAAUGGUGGGAGGGAGGAAGAAUAUUGACAGCACAGUUGAGAGUACAAGCCAAGUUUAUUUCCCAGAAUGGAUGUAUAAUUGCUUGGACAGAGGAGAAGAGCUAGGGAUUAGAAUAGAAAAUGAGGGACAUGCUAAGAUAGCAAGGAAACUUACAAUUGUUGGACUCUGGUGCAUUCAGUGGUAUCCAGUGGACCGUCCAUCAAUGAAAGCUGUUCUUCAUAUGUUGGAAGGAGAAGUCGACAGUUUGAUAGUGCCUCCAAAUCCCUUUGGCCAUGCAGAUGGAGCGCAGACCAAUGCCAACAUCCCUAGGAGACCAAUAAACAGAGAAUUAGAAGUAAUCUCUGAAUUAGAAUGAUAGAAAGUCUUCCUAUUGUAGCCUUCUUUUGUUUUCUAUAAACAGUUGUACUACGGAAUGAAAAUUAUAAUUGAAUCAAGUCGAUCAUAAAUCCUUGAAAAUAAAAUAAUAGGGAUGUGAACUGAGGCAUUUUCUUUCUCUAUGUGUAUUUGCAUGAGGAAUGACUGUUAUUAUGCCAGAUCAUUAUGACCUUGAUGUCUUUCCUUGUUCUUGUUUUUGGAGUAUCUCUCAUGUCUGAUUAGUUUUUACUUGUCAAUAUUUAUCCUAAACUUUUAGUUUUCAUUGUUCCUUAAUUGUGAAUUUCUUUGGAUUUGUCGUGGCCAUUAUAAAUAAAUGGAAGGAAGUAUU